AAACACACAAGGGCCUCCAGGAGGGAAUUUCCCGCCGUUCCGCCUCCGUCAUCCCUCCCUUCACCUUUCCUGUGAGUCGGACGGAAAUCGACGAGUCUUUCUUUCUCCGUCUCUUUCAAUUCUUCCAACUCAAACCCCUAAUUAAUCGACUUCAUCUCUUCACCACCGUCGACCAGCACCGCCGGAAAAGACGAGCACCCACGGCACGGUCCCCACCAACAGGCCGACUGCUCCUGUCCUCCUCUCCACUGAGUCCUGAAGGGACCUACAGUGGGGAUUGAGCUCGGCAAUCUCUUCGUUACUUCUGCUUCUUGUCUGGUCUGGUAUCUCUAGGACACUGCACCUCUGCCUCUUGCGCUGAGCUCUGAUUUCCGGGAAUCACUAAUCGGUUGCUUGCAAUGAGUGAACUUCCACAGUACCCUCCAAUCGACCCAACCACAUUUGACCUCAUCGUCAUUGGCACGGGUUUGCCUGAGUCAGUGAUUGCAGCUGCAGCUUCCACUUCCGGGAAAACAGUCCUUCAUCUUGAUCCAAACCCUUUCUAUGGCUCUCAUUUUGCAUCUCUCUCCAUUCCAGAAUUCAAUUCUUUCUUGAAUUCGAAUUCUGCUCCUCCUGCCUCACAGUCGUGUCCGGAGACUGCUUGUCCAUCUGAUGACCCCAAUUUGUCCAUUAUCAAUCUCAAUUGCCGAUCUCUUUACUCGGACCUUGAAAUCUCCUCUUUCUCUCCCACGCUAUUGGAAGAAUGCUCUAGAAAGUUCCUUCUGGACUUAGCUGGUCCCAGGGUCUUGUUUUGUGCUGACAAGGCCAUUGAUCUUAUGCUGAAGUCUGAGGCAAGCCAGUAUGUGGAAUUUAAAAGCAUUGAUGCAAGCUUCAUCGGUGAUGGGGAUGGGGCAUUGUUGGCGGUCCCUGAUUCUCGGGCUGCAAUUUUCAAGGAUAAGAGUUUGAGCUUGAUUCAGAAGAAUCAGUUGAUGAGGUUCCUUAAACUGGUAGAAGGGCACUUAAGAGCUACAGCAGCAUCGGUUGGUACAGAUGUCAACCAAAGUGAAAAAGGUGAAGAACGGGAGACUGCAAGCAGGAUUUCAGUGGAAGAUUUGGAGAGUCCUUUUGUUGACUUCUUGACAAAAAUGAAGCUGCCCGCAAAGAUUAAAUCAAUCGUUCUAUAUGCUAUAGCUAUGGCAGACCGCGAUCAGGAGAACAAGGAGAUUUCUAAACAAGUACUUAAAACAAAAGAUGGAGUUGAUCGUUUAGCUCUCUAUCAGUCGUCAAUUGGCAGGUUUGCAAAUGCAUCUGGGCCUUUUAUUUAUCCUAUAUACGGUCAAGGGGAACUACCACAAGCAUUUUGUCGUCGAGCAGCCGUGAAGGGUUGUAUCUAUGUAAGUUCUGUUGAGAUUAACCCUAAUCUUGAAUUUCAGAGUAGUGGCAAUUACAAGGGUGUAAAGCUAGCCUCUGGUCAGGAGCUGUUUAGCAAUAAGCUUCUUCUGGAUCCAGCAUUUACUAAAUCAUCACCAACUUCAUCCCCAGAUGAUUCUCUCUGUGCAAGAUUUGACUUUCUAACCGCCCAAAAUGUCAAAAGCAAAGUGGUUAAAGGAAUUUGCAUUACAAAAAGUUCUUUGAAGCCGGAUGUACCAAAUCUUUUGGUUUUAUAUCCCCCUCAAUCAUUGUACCCGGAGCAGUCAACAACAGUUCGAGUUCUUCAGAUUGGUGGCAAUUCAGCUAUAUGUCCCAUGGGAAUGUUUGUGAUCUACCUUUCGGCUUCGUGCGAGGAUGUUGCUGAAGGGAAGAAGUUGCUAAAUAGAGCCAUGAGUGCCUUGUUAUCUUUCCCUGACUGUUCUGAGUCUAGUUCCAUAGCUUCUGAUGAAAAUGUAAGCCAUCCAGUUGGUGCCGAGGAAGGCAAACCGACAUUGCUUUGGAGUGCAUUGUACGCCCAGGAGCUGCAAACUACAGGACAAUCUGAUUGCAUCGCUUCCAGUCCCACCCCCGAUGGAGAUCUGGACUACAAUUCAGUUUUCCAUGCUACCUUAGAGCUGUUUCAAACAAUGUACCCAGACACCGAUCUGUUUCCAGCUACGAACCCAUCUGACGAGCAUAGUGGAGAAAAUGCAGAGAGUUAAGCUUCAGGGCAACCAGAUCGGUUUUCUUUGGUCUUCACUCUUCAUGAAUGUGUCUGAAUGAUGAUCAUUCAUCUGUGUUGUAGAAUUGUUGUAACUUGAGCUUGCCACCCUGAAGGCACUGGGGCUCUAAUGUUGUUGUAGUAUGGCUAAACAGAAGGCAGUUCAGAAACUGAAAGUAAUUAAUGUGAACUGUUGAAAGGGAUCUCUGAGAGGAAGGUCAGGUUGAUGGCUCGAGGAAACUCUCAAUGGAGAUGAAGGGAAGGAUGAGGAGAAGUGGGGAUUCCAAACCUUUGCUUUUACAUUCUUCUUCAAUUUUUUGACUGGAGUCUGGAGAUCUUUAUACAUGAAUGCAUCCAUAUGCACGUAAAUGCGCGGAUGGAAAACAAAGAGAAUUGCAUGCAUAUUCAUGUUCAUGAACCAACUUGCGUCGUUCUCCCUCCGCGUUAUUAACGCAGAGCCGU